UUGAACACCCACAAACCCCACUCAGCUCACAGUUUCUCUGGAAGAGCAGCAAGCAACAAGGUAAUUGCCACAGCCAAAAAGAAUCAUGUCUGAGAAGAAUCCAGUUACAGAUUCAUCUUCCUGCUUUUCGGAGAGCAGUGAAUUCAUCACGACACAACACAGUUUAGAGUCCAGAACGGACAAUGGAUCAAAGGAAAUAUCCAACCAUGAGAAUUCAAGAACCAGGGUGUCUGAGGAAGUAGGACCCUCAACAAGCUGCCAGAGCCAGAAACGAAGGAGGGAAAGUGAAGAUCUAGGAAGAGCAAGUAAAGAUCUGGCACUGUCACCCAAGAAAAAGAUAAAGACCAAACACCUUGAUGAGAACCCAAUUACAGAUUCAUCAGCCUCCUCACUGCAGUACAGCACAGACAGCUACAGCACCACGAGACAACAGAUUUCAGAGUCCAGUACAGUCUGUCAACCAAAGGAAAGAUCUGAAUACGAGAACCAAAGUAAAACAAGCAGGGUUUCUGAGAUAGCGGAACCCUCAACAAGCUGCCAGAGCCAGAAACGAAGGAGGGAAAGUGAAGAUCUAGGAAGAGCAAGUAAAGAUCUGGCACUGCCAGCCAAGAAAAACAUGAAGACCAAACACCUUGAUGAGGACCCAAUUACAGAUUCAUCAGCCUCCUCACUGCAGUACAGCACAGACAGCUACAGCACCACGAGACAACAGAUUUCAGAGUCCAGUACAGUCUGUCAACCAAAGGAAAGUUCUGAAUAUGAGAACCAAAGGAAAACAAGCAGGGUUUCUGAGAUAGCGGAACCCUCAACAAGCUGCCAGAGCCAGAAAAGGAGGAGGGAAAGUGAAGAGCUAGGAAUAGCAAGUGAAGAUCUGGCACUGCCAGCCAAGAAAAACAUGAAGACCAAACAGCUUGAUGAGGACCCAAUUACAGAUUCGUCUUCCUCCUCAUUUGAUUACAGCACAGACAGCGGCAACAACACCAGUGGAGAACAGAGCUCUGAGUCCAGUACAGACAGUGGACCUGAAUAUAAGAAACAAAGGAAAAGGAUAGCUGAGCCCUCAAAAGCGGACCGCGAAAAAUACAAAUUUCAUGGAAAAUAUCUUCAGCUGAAUAAACUGGUAGACAGAGGCUCUGUAUCUCUCUUUGAAGGCUAUCGCAUAAAGGAUAAGUCACCUGUGACCAUCAAACGCAUCAAAGAUGUGGUAUUGAAACAUAGAGAUGAGAAUGGUAGAGAGCUCCCACUGGAGGUAGCCAUCAUGUUUAAACUGAUGGAUGAAACAGUGGAGCAGUCAUUCGUGGUGUCAUUGUUUGACUGGUAUGACCUGGACAACGAGGUGAUUUUGGUGAUGGAGAGACCAAUGCCUUGUAAUGACCUCACAGGUUACCUCAAAGACCUCAGACGUCCCCUCGAGGACAAGGAGGCAAAGGUCAUAUUAAAACAGCUGGUGAAAGCAGCCAUUCAUCUAAAAAACAAAAAUAUCUUCCACAGAGACAUUAAACUGGAUAAUAUCCUAAUUAAGACGGACUCAGAAGAGCCGCAAAUCUACCUCAAAGACUUUGGGUUAAGCAGCUUUGGUGAAGGAAGACCACAUUUAGAUUAUUGUGAUGACUUCAUUCAAGCCCCAAUGGACUGGUUCCUUCUAGUUAACUAUACAUCUGGACCCAUAACAGUGUGGCAGAUAGGAGUGGUCCUGUUUGACUUGACACACAUGAAGUCUUUUGAAACCAAGGAAUUAUAUUUUAAGCGGCUACAGUUCAGCAAAAAGCUUUCAGAAGAAGCCCAAGAUUUUUUGAAUAAAUGUCUGGAGCUUGACCCUCUGGAGCGACCCACCCUGGAAGAGCUGCUGGUUCACCCUUGGCUUUCAUGAACUACACACAAAAACACAAUCACACACACAAUCACUCAUAGAUUUUUUUAUUUAGUUAGAUUAGUAUAUUUUAGGGUUUACUUAGGGAUGGGGUAAAAUGCCACAGUGGGUAAGUGGUUUUCUCCAGGUGCCCCAGUUUCCUUUUUUUUUAUUUGAAACCACAUCUAUUGUCGGUUUAACUCGAUUUUAGGCUUUUCUCCGGGUGCUCCGGUUUCCUCCUCUCUUAGAAAAAACAUUUUAAGGUGAUAUUGAUAUGUUUGUGUUUUCUCAACACAUCUUGCCCAUAUAUCAUGGAGUUCAUCAUUACUGGGGAUCUUUUUUUUUUUAGUGGUGUAGUUCUCUUCUCUAAUUCAAUGCAUUUGCCCGCCGGGCAAGUGCAAUGAUCGCAAAAAAAAUUAUUUAUCACUCAAAAUUACUUUUAAAUCCCCGACAUUCACUUAAAAAAGGACCCACAAGCGUUGCAGGCGCCAUUUUUGUUGUUUUGCACACAUUCCAUAACUGAGGUUACCAAUAGCUUUCCCCUAUCAGGAAAGCUAUCAAGACCCCUGUAGUUUGUUUAUCAUUGUAGAGAUUGAGUUUAAGAUGCUAAAAAAUUAACUUAAUAACAAACCCUCAUUUCUGAGACUGAAGGGUUGAGGGUAAUUACAGUCAGCAGGAAAAGAACACACUUCCAGCAUUCUUUUUUACUCUGUACACAGCCUUCUAGUAAAAGAAAAGAAACAAGAGAAUUAGGAAUAAGUUGAAUCUUAGUUCCAGGCUUAGUUCCUUCAGUGCUUUCAGAAAGAUGCUGCAUAUGCCCUACACCUUUGUUGCUGACAGUGUGAUCUAUUAUGCCAUCAUCUAUCAGAGUAGAUGCAUUAGAGAAAAAUACUUUAUUAGUUUAAAAACUAAUAGCUAAGGCCACUUCUGUUCUGGGAAUUCCUCUUGAACCUUUUUGCAUGAUUUUAUAGAAAAUAAUUCUUUACCCUGUUAGAUUUAUUCUUUAUUUGUCAUGUAUUGUCAAUCUUACUGUAAGCUUGACUAGUUUCUCCAUCUCUAAAAUGAAAAGAAAUUCAGCCUCAAGUUGGCAGGAUUAAAAAACAAUUCACAAAAAUCUGAUUAUUUUGAUAUUUCCUCACAAUGGAAGAGGCACUGCUACAAAAGACAGUCGUACCUUUAACUCAUGACUUAGAGGAAAUACACACUAACCAAACUCAAACAUACAGUUUUGUGUCAAGAGGGGAAUUCGUAAAACCCUGAGCCUCAUAAAUCAUUGGUCCUCCCCAUGGAUAGAGAAGGGAUUGCAGUAAUUUCCAACCAGAGGGACGGAGGGAGUUAGCAGAAGGCUGUUUUUUUAUUUUUUAUUUACUUCAUUAUAGCAGUGGGUGGUCCCAGUUGCAUGGAAAGCUGCUGGCCAUGGGCUGAUAAGCAAAAGGCAGCUGCCUAGCAGCUGGUAGGCUAAGUCAACAUCUCUGAGUGGUUCCCUCUGUAAACUCCUAAACUUGAGGAGAGAUGGAGCACCAAACCAGGUUUACCAUUUACUGUACCAAUUGAGAACCAUGGUUCUCACUCUGACACUGUGUAGCUCAUGGUCUGGAGGGGCUGACUUAACCUCAGUAACCAGUUGUUGACAUUCUAUGAAUGGCUUUUCGGAACAUUAUAAAGGGCAUCAUUAAAUAUUGACUGUUAUGGUUACAGAAAAUUGCUGUUGCAUCAUGAGCCUUAACAGCCUGAGUUGCACCUUGUGUAGCUCUGUCUGGCUUGCCAGGCUAUUUAUAGUCUCAAACUAUUUUUCCAGUAAUUAUUUUGGGCCAACCAAAUGUCUCCUUUCAUAGCCAAUCUGAAUUAUUCCAUCAUCGAAAUUUCUGAUCCUUUAACCACUGAGCUAAGCUAAUUUUCAUGAAAUUUGAUCAUGACUUUGGAUUAGGUUGUGUUGAAAAUCUGGCUUAAACAAAAACAAGAAACCAUAUUUGCAAAAAAAAAAAAUAGCUUGCCAAAUUCAAUUUUCCAAUGUCAGCUCUCAUUGUUCUCUUUUUAUA